UUUUUUCCCUUUUGCUUUAGAUUUGAAGCAAAAAUUAGACGUGAAAAACUCUCACUUGGAUGUUUAUAAGUCAAAAGUAACGGAUAUGGAGCAACAAUGUAAUAUUAUGAAAUCAAAAUUGAAAGAACAAGCCCAAAUGAUUGAAGACAUGAAAUCAUUUCAUAAAGAUGAAAUUGUGGCACGGGAUGAAUAUGCUACAGAUUUAAAGAGAAUUUCAAUCCAGCAAGAUGCUCACAUCUUAAACCUGUAUAAAGAAAUUGAUAGUUUAUCUGAAAAAAUAACAAUGAAAUAUUUGUCAGAAAUUCUUGAGAAACAACAGAAUGUAGAAGCCAGCAUGAAUAUGAAUUCAUCUGACAGUACUGCAUAUUCUCAAGUUACAGAACAGCUUCCUGGCAGUCUAAGCUGAGUAAUUCAGUUAAAAAUUGAGAGUACAGGAGGUGACACUGGAGUCGAGUCUUCAUGGAACAAUGGAUUUUUCACUUCCAUCUCUCCAGUCUGAAAUUGAAAAUACGUUUUGUACAAGAUUUAUGAUUAGCUUUUAUUAUGCAAAAAUUCUAGAACAAGAAACAAUAAAAUCUAUUCAUUCAGAGUGA